CGCUCUGUUGUUCGCAGGUGUCGCUGUGACUUCAUUCUCGAUUUUUUUUUUAACCAGUGCACGUCCAGUGGUGGCUCCCGGGUAAAAAGAUUGGAUACAUCGCAAAGACAAGAAAUCCCACCGCAACAGAUGCACAGCAAACAAUUAGGGUAUCACGAAUUUGCUCGGGCACGCGCACGUCUCAAAUUGCAACGAAGACGACGAGAUGAUGCCUUUAAUGUUCGCGUCUCCGAAUGGCGUUUAAAUUGAGAGAUAUUUUUUUCAAUUUCGGAGCCGCGUUCCGUUACCGUACCACAGAGCUGCUUUAAAAACGAAGAUGGGCUGUGUUAAAUAAUUAUGACCUGCGAAGGCUUGUGUAACAACGGAUGCAGCAAUGGUGACGCCUGCGUCCUCCUUUUCAGAGGACUAAUGGUUGGUUCUUUAGCGGUGGGCGGCUAAUAAUAUGAUGAACAGCACAGAGUCGCCGUCAGAGCUGGCUGAUGUGCCCAAGCAAGUGAACUUAAAUGGCACCCAGCCUUCACACAGCCCCCCAGUUUGGGCUGCCGUCCACACGGCAACCUUGACCUUUUGCUCCCUCCUCCUCGUUUUCAUCUUCUGCCUUGGUUCCUAUGGGAACCUGGUGGUUUUCUUGUCCUUCUUUGACCCGGCCUUCCGCAAGUUUCGCACCAACUUCGAUUUCAUGAUCCUCAACCUGUCCUUCUGUGAUUUGUUUAUUUGCUGUGUGACGGCCCCGAUGUUCGCGUUGGUGCUUUACCUGGACGCGGGCGGCGUGGACGGCAUGUCCAAGAGCUUCUGCUUCGCCUUUCACCUGACCGGCUCGGGUUUCAUCAUCAUGUCGCUGGAGACGGUGGCGGUCAUCGCUCUACACCGGCUGCGGAUGGUCCUGGGCCAACAGCCCAACCGCACCGCCUCAUUCCCCUGCACCCUGACCCUCACAGCCUUGCUAUGGACGUCCAGCUUCACCAUGGCGGCCCUGCUCAUCAUGCGGGCGUACCCACGCAGGGAUGGACCUUGCUUGCCCCAUUUUGGUCUAGGAGGGGGGCGGGCCAGGUUGGUGCUGUACGCGUAUCUUGCUGACUUUGCUUUCUGCGUGGCUGUCGUGUCAGUGUCCUAUCUAAUGAUCGCCCAGACCCUGAGGAAGAACGCACAAGUGCGGAAGUGUCCCAUUAUCACCGUGGCAGCCACGUGCACCCCACCCCCGCCACCUUUGGCAGCCACAGGCUUUGAGGGGGUGCAAUGUAGCACUCAGGCCCCCUUGUACCGUAAUCAGAUGUAUAAUAAGUUACAAAAUGUUCAGACGCAUUCUUACGCCACGAGGACCAAGCAACCGUUGGUCCCGGGGGCGGCCCAGGGAGCGACCUGCUGCCAGAUGGUCUCCACGGUCAACUUGGCCACCGCCAAAGACUCCAAAGCUGUUGUCACCUGUGUCAUCAUCGUGUUCUCAGUGCUGCUGUGCUGCCUGCCGAUGGGGAUCUCCUUGGCGCAGGACGUUUUGUCGCCAGAGAGCACCUUCGCACACUACCAGUUUGAACUGUGCGGCGUCGUCCUCAUUUUCCUCAAGUCGGGCAUCAAUCCCUUCGUGUAUUCACGUAACAGUGCCGGCCUACGCCGUCGCGUGCUCUGCUGCGUGCACUGGGCCGCACUGGGACUGCUGUGCUGCAAGCACAAGACUCGCUUGCACGCCAUGGGCAAGGGCAGUCUUGAAGUCAAUCGGAAUAAAUCCUCCCACCACGAGACCAACUCGGCGUACGUUCUCUCGCCCAAAGCGCAGAGGAGGCUGGUGGACCAGGCAUGCGGGCCGAGUCACUCCAGAGAGUGCGCCGCCAGUCCCAAAGGUGCACGGAGACCUCGCCCCACCAGCACAUCCACACCCAUCAACACGCGGAUCGAGCCCUACUACAGUAUAUACAACAGCAGUCCAUCUGCUGGACCCAGCUCACCCACCAGCCUUCAGCCUGCCGGCUCGCAGACGUUUGCCUUCGCCAAGUCCUACGUGGCCAUGCACUACCACACUCACCAGGACACCUUGCAGGACUUUGAGAGCACCUCUGUGCAACAGAUCCCCGUCCCCUCUGUCUGAACUCAUUCAGGAUCAGUGUCAUGUUCUGCAGUAGGACUACAGUACGAAAGGAUACAGUUGCGGGUGAUCGGGGACACCACUGUAGGAUACAGUUACGGGUGAUGGGGGACACCACUGUUGACACAUAGCAGGAAGUUCUUUGGGUUGUGUCUUCAGGACUGCCUGGAUGUUUGGUUGGGUUCUGUUUCCUCCCAUAGUCCAAAAAAACUUAUGUAUAGACAAUGCGGUGGUUCCCAAAAUUUCUCUUUCAUGGGUCGUACAAUUUUCCCCUCAUCGUGACUCACAUCUUCUCCUCAAUAACUUAAAUGAAACCUAUUAUGGCAAUUAAGUGAUUGAAUACGAAUAGUAGGGUCUUAUCCAUCAACUGAAGAAUUUUUCACAACCAAGUAGUGUUCCCUCACUUUUCGCAUGUGAUAUGUUCCAUGAGCCCCCACGAGAGGUGAAUUUCUGUGAAGUAGAGGUUGACUCUUUUGGGACGAGGGGGGGCUUUAUUCCUUUAUGAAGUCAUUACUGUCAGGAUGGUUCUAUUUGUGACCAACAGGUGGCACUGUAGGGCUCCUCCUGUUGGCCACAAACAGAACCACCUUAACAAUUACGAACCACUCACGCUUCGAAAUAUUUGUUACACGUAAUAGAUUGAAAUUUAUAAAUGUAAAAUAAAGAUUAAAUCAUUUUUCUGGAAACCGAAAGCUUUUUCCCAUGACUAAUGUUCUUCUACUUUUCCAGCAGAAGUUGCUCUUCAUGUUCCAUGUUUACAUAGGUGUCAAACGUCAAACAGGUUCAAUAUCCGGCUUCCGCAGAGCUUGCUGAUGAUCUGAUCAUUUGAAUCAGGUGUGUUACAAUAGGGAGACUUCGAAAACAUGCAGGACAGCGGCCCUCCGGGACCUGAGUUUGACACCUAUGAUGUAGAUGACCAAGAAAAAGGUACCGUAGUCACAGCAACUCGCUUUCGCUUUCAACAUCAAGGAUUUACAGCGCCAAAAUUCGCAUUGACCCAUCAGGAUUGUAACUUUGGCUAUAAUGUUACAUACGAUUCUGGUUAAGGUAAGCCAUUUUAAACAAAAAAGAAAAGCUUUAAUAUACCGGUAGUUAUUAAGUGGCCACGUGGCUCGUCUCGUGUGCUGCCGGAAGCGAAGCACAUGCUGCUCACAUUAAUUUAUGAAUGCAGCCCAUAAUCUGCAAUUUUUUGCUUCAACUGUUUAAUUUCCUUGUUCUGGCCUGCACUGGGUUUCAUUUUUACAAAUGGCACAUUUGGACAACGUUCUGAGUGUUCGAAGGGUCUCGGUGAAGCAGUGAGCUUCGAGUGUAAUUCUGAACGCAUCCACGAUGAGGAAAUUGAAGAUUUUGAGGUUGACGUGCUCGAAUGUUCAUGGUCUCUGUUUUUGUAAAAUGAAUUUCCCUUCAGAAAAUGGACAUUUUUUGACAGGUCCGACUUAGAAGGAAGGAAAAUAGCAGGAAAACCCAUGCACAAAAGUGAGAUAAACCCCGCAAUAGAUGAAGUUAUGGUGACAAAUGAAAAGGCCAUGAUGGAUUGAAGCCACAAUAACCGUCUUGUAGCGAGGGAACACUGCAUUCUGGAAAGCGCUUUGUUACAGCAGCAGUUGUUGUAAAAGUGGCAUAUUAAGAUGCAUUGUAUUGUAUUUUGUCGCUGUCUGCCGGACACCCCUUCUGUCCAACUAUGGUCAAUUUCAUAUUUUUUUCAGGAAUUUGUGUGUCCCCAUGUUGUCAGUUUAAAAAAACAAAAACUCAUUAUUAACCAGUUUAAAGUGUGGAAAAGUGAUUGAAAACAAAUGUAUUCAUUCUAUUAACUCUGCCUCUUCCUCACUUCCCCAUCCCGCAAGAGCCAUGUGGCAUUUUGUCGCCUCUAGAUUGUAAUUCUUACUCAUAUUAAAGGGGGCGGCACAACCUUUAAUAUGUAUGGCUGGAGUCAAACCCAUUUUAAUCGGUGGCAGCAUACUUUUUUAGCAACAUGAAAGUGAUUUUAGAGUGAUGAUUUGAUGGUUAUGAUCGCAAUAUAUUAACUUGAACAAUGUGCUAAUUGGUACCUGAAGCAAGAGGCUGUUUUUUUGUUUUUUCCUUGAAAUGUAGUGAUUUUGGAGAUGCGAAGAUUCCUCUCAACAGCGACGAUUCGUGAGCUACCUAUUUCCAAAAAUGUGUCUGAAUGUUGUGUUUGGUGGUGUCCACUGCAUUGCACCACAUGCACAGAUCCAUACAGUAAUUGACUAAGUGGACGAGCUCCCUUACACUCUGUGCUGAAUAGUUGGGGAAGAUGAGGCAGUCAUGUUGUCACGGUGACCAUUGCAAAUCUAAAAUUAGGAUAACUUAUUUCUGCUAUGUAUAUGUCGAAUUGGAAUAUAUAUAUAUAUAUAUAUAUAUAUAUAUAUAUAUAUAUAUAUAUAUACUGCAGUAACUUUUUUCAGUCAUAUUGAGAAUCCCAACCCCAAGACGAGAGGAAAAACCCCCUCCUAAGUUGCCUGAAGACAAAAUUGUUCGUAAUGUAUGAAUAUAAGCAUAAAAUUAUUGUUUAGUGUCAGAGUCCACCCAGUGAUUGACAGGACCAUAAACUCCACUCACCAACAUGACAAUGUAUUUGAUCAGUGGCAUGGCAAAUAGAUGUGAAAAGACAGACUUGAAAUGGAAAGGUUUUCACUGUUUACGACUUUUCGAGUACUUAGUAAAGUUCCUAUAAAUCUACCUGCUGUGUUGCACAUGCAUGUCCUUACAAUCUUGGGCUGGCGACCUCAGUGCCCACACUGUCCUUCGAGGAUUUAUUUGUGAACCCAGUGCACUUUUUAACCGAAUAAAUGUUUGGCAAGUGC